CUCCAUCUCUCAAUCGAUCGAUUUCUUCAACCAUGAAGCCUCUCACUACAUCCGAUCGAUUCCUUCCGCCAUCAAGCCUCUAAUUCCGAUCGCUCACAACCAACAACAUCGUAUACUUCUAGACCUCCGCCUCAAGUAUCUUCUACCGACGUGCACACCUUCCGCUUCCUCUAGUCCAGUCACCGUCGGUGUCAGCCCUAAUUUUAGAGAUUCAUGUAGCCGGAAUGCCCUCCAUUGGGCUUCACUUUAUGGCAGGUUUUGAUUUCCUGAGAAUAGGCAUAUUUUCGUGGGCAUAAAGUUCAAAAGCAUUAUAAAAAAAUGGUGUGGUCUGUUGGGAUAGUGGAGAAAGCGAUACUCAGAUGUGGACGAAAGAGUCGUAGGUUGCGUGGAUUCCGUCCGGAAUUGAGAGCUCCGGAAUCGGAAUAUGAUUUCCUGAGAAUAGGUCGGAAACAUAAAUAUGUUGGAGUGGAAAAGGCAUUGGCUAGGGUGCAUUCCAUGGCUCAGAAUCCUGAAGGCCAGGAACAGGACAUGAGGCUCGUGGGGAAGUUUGAAAAGUUGAGCCAUGAAGAUAGCAGCAGCAAAUGACACUGAAUUGAGAGUUUUUGAGGCUGUGCUACCCAAUGGAACAACCAAAGCCUAUUUUGCUUCUUGCUUUAUGUUGUUUAUUAUUUCAAUGUUUUGAUAAUCCAAUCUUUUUAAUGGUUGUCAGUGCUACUCUUAAGUCUUACCUCCAACAACAACCCCUUUUUCA